AUGCCUGCAGACAUACAUUUGAUCAAAGCUGAAGGCGCCUAUGAGCGCGUGCCUGCCAAAGGCCAAAAUGGACUCCAGUUUCCAGUGGAGCGAUAUCUCCCGCCAAAAGAUUUCAUCAACUUUGAUGACGAACUCAAGUACCGCACAAAGCUAUUGCAUAUGGCUCGAAAUUCGAACCGUACCACUUUAUGUUUGCGGUGUGGAAUACCAACUGGCCAGCACCCCAAAGAUAUCUGUUUUUGCCAGUGGUGUGGUUGCCGCGCAGACGAUAUCCACCCUGAUCUAGUAAGUGCCUCUACCAGGACCUGGAGCUUAUGCUUCCAAGAGGCUUUAAAGCUAGUACCAACUUUAUUGCAGGAGUGUCCGUGGAUAUACGCCAGUGUGUCCUUCUGGAAGUCCAAACUCGUAAUCACUGAUCCCGCGAGCGGUGAAAGAUCAAGCGACUGGGUCCCCGUCAACGUCCAGAUUCAGCCUACAAAAGAGGAGCAAGCAUUCCUUGCACUUGAGAACCCAAUAUUCCUCGACUUUCCACGCGCUCGUGAGGGUCGUAAUUUGGUGGUGCCGGAUGGGGCGAACAUGAUGCAUCCAGUAUUGAUGCCACGAAAAUUGAAGAUUCAAGAACUGAACCGAGGCGAGAAGCGUCAACACGAAGACGGUGACGAAGCAAGUGAACGGCCAAAUCGACGGCUGUUCGUCGUUGGCAGUGACAAACAUGUCGAACUGAAAGAUGAACUGUUCCGUGAACUGAAAGACACACUGUUCCGCGAACUAAAAGAUAAAUUGUUCCAUGAACUGUCCCGAAUGAGGGAAAAAAUCGCAAGACUGUCAUAUGAAGUCACAGAACUGAGAGCUCUCACUGAAAUGAAUCGCGAAAAUCAGUUUCCUUCUAGACCUCCUAUACGUCAAUAUGGCGGGUUUUCUCCUAGCCGCUCUGAGUACAGGGAAGAUACGUCGCCCUAUUCUAGCAACCCUCGACGGCAAGGGGACCGUUCCAGCCAACUAGGCAACCAUGUGAUUAUCAUCAUGUAUAGUCACCGAUCCUCUGACCGUCAGCGCCACACGCCUUCGCGCCACGAAUCCCCGCCGAAUAGGCCGUCUCAGUCCUAUAGAUCUACCUGGUCUCAUGAGUCGCAUGAAAAUCCCCAGUACUGGGACGUGCCUUCGGGCAACUACUCUCCGUGGCGCUACGCACAGCAUGGGACGCAACUCACGAUCAGCGUGAUUAUUAUCACCACCUCCGAGGCAGGUUUCCCCGCUCGCCUGUUCCACAUGAUAGAUAUGCGGAGUAUUCUCAGAGAACAUGUGCACCUCAUCGAAGCGAUUAUUCUUUCACGGAAAGAUCCUCGAGAUCCUUCUUACUAUGAGGAAGAUUUUUACGCCCGUGGGAGAGAUCGUUACGCCCGUGAGCAUGAUCACUCGCCCCGCCGUAUACUUCCAAGCAGAUAUAAAUCUGGACAUACUCGCACCCACGAGGAUAGCUCCUUCUCCCGUGAGGUUGGGCCCCUACAGCACAGACCUGAGACGCUGCCCUCCACUCAGGCAGUAGACGACUACUUGAGUCGCCAACUCGAGAGCAGACUUCGUUCUAUCUUCGAAGAGAUAGUUGCGAAGAGAGCUGCUCGAAUAGCAACGGAGGCUUCUGAAACUAGGUCAUCCUCACCGCAAAGCCAGACGCCUGUUGCCGCCACUAUAUCCGAAAAAGGUCAUGACGAGCAGGCUGCCACAACGCCGCAUGUGGUCCCUAGGUCAAAAACACCGGCAGAGAUCUACGAACAUAUGCAGGAAUGA